GUGUGCGUGUGUGAGCGAGAGUGAGUGAGGGAGGGAGAGCGACAAAGUGGGGGAGAGAGAGAGAGAGAGAGAGAGAGAGAGAGAGAGAGAGAGGAAAACAAGAGCCAUCAACCCCAUCUAUCUAACUCUCACAUUUUUUGGAUAUUAUUAUUUCCCCUUCAUCUUAUUUUUUACCUCCUCCUCCUCCUCCUGUGUCUGCCGCUCAUCCUGAUUGCAGCUUUCUUUCUUUCUUUCUUUCCAUCUGCUCGCGUUAUUUUCAUUUUGCCUGCAGACUUUCUCCCGCCGCCUCCGGUCGACUCUCUGCUCGGUUUCUAAUCCUCUCUCCUCGGUGCUCGGGACUACACUCAUUCUCAUUUAUUUCUGAUUUUUUUUUUUUAAUAUCUAUCCUGUGUCGCGACUGGCGGACCCACCGACCGACUCACCGACCGAGCGACAGCUCUCCAGCCGGAGCGGAGGAUUUACUCGGUGCUUCAGUUUUCCUCGGUUACCGUCAGCUCGAAGUUUGUUUAUCUCCCGCUGAGAGACACACAGGAAGGCUGCGAGCCGCUCAGACCUGUCACACUGGGCAACAUGGUGCCAUUUUGGAGAUAAAUCAGCUCGUCUUUUUAUUCUUUUAUUUUUGGUUGUCAAGAAAAUCUUCAUGGGACGGACGAGAUACCGGAAUACCAGGCGGAAUUCUUCAAAGCGCACCUGUGCACGCACCUCUGACGGCGCGUCUGUCAUUUAUCACUAAUUGGAUUAUUUUGAUCUUGAACUUAACAGUCUGCAGGUUGCCAUACACACACACACACACACACACACACACACACACACACACACACACACACACACACACGCACAUUAAGUCAUGUCAAGGCCUCUCACCCAGCUCUUACCGCCCGAGCUCCCUGCCGGGGCCACGAGCCCCCAGUUUGGAACCAGCAACCCGACCGGAAGUGGCCCUAACGGGGGCCACCUGACCUCCAUGGCCAACCUCAAGUCUCUGCUGCAGCUGCCCAUCAAAGCUGACCAGAGGGCCGUCAAGGACUGCUGCGAGAUGAAAGACAAAGACAAGCCUCAGGAGACGGAGGAGGAGUCGCUCGGCAUCGGCAGCAGGGCGUCCGACGGGAUCAGCGGGGCCCCGGGGCCCGGCGCCCUGCGGCCCAACUCGCAGUCGGCCUUCCUGGGGCCGCUGCUGUGGGAGCGGACCCUGCCGUGCGACGGGGGCCUGUUCCAGCUGCAGUACAUGGACCUGGAGGAGUUCCUGACCGAGAACGGGAUGGGCAUCCACAACGGCGGGCCGAGCUCCACCAGCGCCCAGAUCCCCUCCCAGAGCUCUCAGUCUGCGGUGCCCAAUCAGAGCUCUCAGUGCCCUCCAUCCUCCCCUCCUCCUUGCUCCUCCUCUUCCUCCUCCAUCUCCUCCUCCUCCUCCUCCUCCUCACUGAUGGGGCUGGAGACCGUGCAGCCGCAGCCGCCGCCGCAGCAGCAAGGCAUGAUGGGAGGACCCGAGUGUGUACACGGAGGCCAGGCGGUGCCACCGGACCCGUCGCCCUCCUCCUCCUGCCCUCCCGGACCCCCCGGACCGCCGCCGGUCGCCAACGGCAGCAGUGACAUCAUGGUGAACUUUGACCCCGACCCGGCGGACCUGGCGCUGUCCAGCGUGCCGGGCCAGGAGGCCUUCGACCCGCGGCGGCACCGCUUCAGCGAGGAGGAGCUCAAACCGCAGCCGAUGAUCAAGAAGGCCCGCAAGAUGCUGGUCCCCGAGGAGCAGAAGGACGACAAGUACUGGAGCCGGCGCUACAAGAACAACGAGGCGGCGAAGCGCUCGCGGGACGCCCGGCGGCUGAAGGAGAACCAGAUCUCGGUGCGCGCCGCCUUCCUGGAGCGGGAGAACGCCGCGCUCCGCCAGGAGGUGGCCGACAUGCGCAAGGAGCUGGGCCGCUGCAGGAACAUCCUCAACAAGUACGAGAGCCGGCACGGAGACUUGUGAGGAGGACGCCGGACGACGAGGAGGAAGA